UGAGUAUACAUAGAAUCAAAUUUUUUUAUGUCUCUGCUGCUGACUUUAGGCACAAGACCCUCAGGUGCUGGAACAACUGUCCAAAAACAUCACACGCAUGGGUUUGACCAACUUCACCCUCAACUACCUCAGGUUGUGCGUCAUCUUGGAGCCCAUGCAGGAGCUCAUGUCGAGGCACAAGACCUACAACCUCAGUCCCCGCGACUGUCUCAAGACAUGCUUAUUCCAGAAAUGGCAGAGAAUGGUAGCGCCACCAGCUGGACACCCACAGAACUUCAAAACGGAAAUAUUUCCCACAAAUCACAAAAAAGCUGGUCGCGCCAAAGCUGAGCCUGCCCGACAGACAACGACGAAGAGGAGGAAACGGAAGAACUCAGCCAGCAGCGCCAACAGCAGUGUGGGCACAGCCGCCAGCAAGAAGCGCAGCCCCGCCACCAACUUCAGCCUCUCCAGUCAGGUACCUGACGUGAUGGUCGUUGGCGAGCCCACCCUCAUGGGCGGUGAGUUUGGGGACGAGGAUGAGCGCCUGAUCACCCGUCUGGAGAACACCCAGUAUGACGCCACCAACGGCCUGGAUGAUGAGGAUGAUUUUAACAGCUCCCCUGCUCUGGGUAACAGCGCCCCCUGGAGCAGCAAACCUGCCACCCAGGACACCAAGCCAGAGAGUACAGCGCCACAGCCUUCGCAGUAAAGUUACAAAUAUUAGAUAAAAGAAGAAAACAACAGAUCCUUGGCUCAAUGUGGGUCAGACGUUCAAACAUCCUCCUCUCACCCAGAGGGCAGUGCUUCUAUGCCGCAUAACUAAUUCACCUGUCUGCAGACUCAUCAUUGGCAUGUCUAGCCAAACUGUGUCAUCUGGAAUAUUUUCCUUUCUGAAUCAUUGCAACAUUUCUUUAAAAAAACACAGAGAACUGGAUGAACUGCUUAGAAGUAUCUACAGACUAGAAAAGCAUACAAGAUGUAUGCAAUGUAAUAUAGAAAUAUUAUUGCAGGCUGACUUAAUCCUUGAGUGGAAAGCUCUAGAUCAAAUUCUCCUUCUUGGACCGUCAGAUACAAACCUCCUGUCUGGUGGAAUACCUCAGCUGUGAUUGGUUGACCUGCAGGUCACAAGUCAUCACACUGACUGCGGACAGUAGGAAGGAGAGAAGAGUAAAAACAACAAACAAAAUGUCUCUGAAAUAAAAAGCCUGUGAAGGGAAUGUGGUUUUCAGCAGCCAGCGGAGCCCAUGGAAGUGUCUCACCACAUUGGACUCAGAUGAAAACAUUGUUGGAGGCAAUUGCAUUUUUAUUGGAAAUCCAGUCGGCCGUUGGGCUGUUUCUACUGUUGCUUGAGUUCCAUUUCCAAUUAAGAGGAAAUAAAAGUCCUCUACAAAGUGGAUCCUUUUUCAAAUGAGGAAAAAUCCUGUCCUGGAAUAGUUUUCUUAUCGUUACCGCUGUUGUCACGGAUUGUGAUUUCAUGCAAACCACUUUGAUUGUGUUUGUAGUCUGUUGGUAUUUUUGGCUUCUUUCUGAAUCUUUUGAAGUCACAUUGUAAUUUUUGCCAAUCAUUUUGUGAACUUUGCUGACCCAUGUUGAUGCUUUAUUAUUAUUUUUUGUUUUUUUAUUAUCAAUCCUGGAAAGUAGGACUUCUUUCCCUUUAAUGACCUCCCAAACUGAUACAAAGCCUUCUCCUGCAUGAUUUUAUACAAUUUUUAUUUGGUUUGUUAAAUGUGCUCUUUGAAAUGCAUUAGUUGUUUUUUUUUCUUGUUUGUGUUUAUCAGUUUGGGAACACUGUAACAAGGUUUGUAGCUUGUAAAUAAAGGUGGAAUCUAUUUUGUCCACUGUAAAUCGACCACUGAAAGCAGUUUGAAUAUGGCAGCUUUUUUUUUCUUUGUUUUAUACCAGUCUCUAUUUCUGUAGGGUGGUUUGGAUGGCUGCAGGUUUACUUUAUUUUGAACCAAAACUUCUCAUAUUAGAAGUUAAGACCUCUUUAGCUAGCACAGAACCAAAGCCGCAAAGUUAAUGAAAAACCACACAGUCAUUGUAUUUGGUUAUAUGAGUACCUUGUGACAAACUAAAGGAACCAUUUAAAGACUGACUUAAAAUCUCAUCCACCCCACAGAAAUGCUUAAAGAUCCCUGUGUUUGUGUUCACAAUCGUUCUUUAAUCUUCAAUUGAAUCGAUACCCUUGCAUAUACUCUUUUUGUUGGAGAUUUCUUUAAAAACUGGCAAGACAAUGACAGUCUUUAUACAAUUGGAUUUAAUGGGUAUUUAUUUGUGUAUUUGUAAGGAAGCUCACACAUUUGGAAAUAUGAGUCUAGUAUUAUUAGACACCAUUUGUACAUUAUAUAGCAGAGGUGUUCAGUGUCAUAUCUGAUGUCUGGUAUGUAUGCUUUACCAUUAUGUGUGCCAAUAAACCGUGCUUACAGUAAAAAAGCUACUUUUGAUUUGGUUAAAGCAUGUGGUGUUAAGAGGUGAUCCUUUCCUGUUUUUUUGUUGAUCCAUAUGUGCUUUACUACACCAUUAACUCUAAAAAUGAUAACAUUUAUUUAAAAGGACUCAAUUUAAUACCCUGGAAGCUCUUUUGGAUUUUUUAGGACUGUCAUUAUUUUUGCUCCAUAUUCUAAAAUAUACAUUUAAUUUAUUUUCAUGG